UAACCCUUAUCAUAGCAAAUUGUGUGGUUGGUUAGCUUGCCCUGCUACGCUAUCCAAAAUAACACAAACCAACGAGGUAUUUCUCUGGAGAAUUGGAAGUAAUGCCAUUGUGAUGUAUCAAUGUAUGGAUGUUCUAGAAGUCAACAAGAAUGAAAAGCAAAGUUCUCUCUCGAUCACAUCAAACAUUUCACAAACAAAAAAGUCUGCUAAAGACAUGGAAGAGUCUAGAACCUUAACCAAAUUUCAAACGGAGAAGACUACUGGUGCCAUGGCCUGCAACAUUUUCAAUGAGCUACGCCUGGAAGGGAAACUCUGCGAUGUGGUCAUCAAAGUCAAGGGAGUUGAGUUCAGUGCCCACAAGACUAUCCUGUGUGGAUGCAGCUCGUAUUUCCGGGCUCUGUUCACCAGUGGCUGGAACCCCUGCGAGAAACGUGUGUACACCAUCCCAGGUGUAUCUCCUGAGAUGAUGAGGAUGCUCAUCGAGUACGCCUACACCCGGACCGUCCCAGUCACGGCGGACAACGUGGAGCUGCUCCUAGAGGCGGCCGACCAGUUCUCCAUCCUGGGCAUCGUGCAGGCCUGCUGCCACUUCCUGGAGACCCAGCUGUGUCUGGAAAAUUGCAUCGGCAUCUGCAAGUUCGCCGACUUCUACUCCUGCCCGGAGCUGCAGCGCCGAGCCUUCGUCUUCAUCCUGCACCACUUUGAGGAAAUCGUCUGCUACUCCCAGGAGUUCCUGGAGCUGUCUCUGGCCCAGCUCUGCGACCUCAUUGAGAAGGACGACCUGAACGUUAGGCAGGAGAACGCUGUGUUUGAGGCCAUCCUGCGCUGGAUCGCCCACGCUCCUGCCAGCCGAAGGCACUGGAUCUCUGUGCUACUACCAAAGGUGCGAAUGGCUUUGAUGAAUGCUGACUACUUCAUAAACCAUGUGAGGAACAACUCCCUGGUGAAAGACAGCGAUGAAUGCAAACCCAUCAUCCUCAACGCCUUGAAGGCCUUGUACGAACUCAACAUGCACGGCCCCUCCAUUUCCAGCAACCCGCUGAGGCGACCUCGUCUGCCCUACGCCAUCCUACUGGCUAUCGGCGGCUGGAGUGGAGGCAACCCAACCAAUUUAAUCGAAGCAUAUGACACGAGGGCCGACUGUUGGGUGACCGUAGCGCAGGAAGAGAGCCCACGGGCAUACCACGGUGCUGUGUACCUCAACGGCUUCGUCUACUGCUUAGGCGGCUUUGACAGCGUGGACUACUUCAACAGUGUCCGCAAGUUCAACCCCGUCACGCGCAUCUGGCACCAGGUGGCACCCAUGCACUCGCGGCGCUGCUACGUCAGUGUGACAGUACUGGACGGCUGCAUUUACGCCAUAGGCGGCUUCGAUGGCUACGGGCGUCUUACAAGUGUGGAGCGCUACGAGCCUGAGACAAACCAGUGGACCCUGGUAGCGCCGAUGCAUGAGAAAAGGAGCGAUGCCAGUGCCACCACACUGCAUGGCAAGGUGUACGUCUGUGGAGGCUUCAAUGGGACUGAGUGCUUGUUCAAUGCAGAGAGUUACUGUCCCAAGACCAACCAAUGGACCCUGAUUGCCCCUAUGAGGAGUCGCCGCAGUGGGGUCGGCGUCAUUGCAUACAAGGAGCAGCUCUAUGCAGUUGGAGGCUUUGACGGUGCCAACCGUCUGAAGACCGCAGCGGUCUACAACCCACUGGACAACACCUGGCGCGCCUUGCCCACCAUGUUCAACCCGCGCAGCAACUUUGGCAUCGCGGUGGUGGAUGACCUGCUCUUCGUGGUGGGCGGCUUCAAUGGUUUCAACACCACCUACAACGUGGAGUGCUACGACGAAAAGACGGACGAGUGGUAUGAGGCCCACGACAUGCCCACUUUCCGCAGUGCCCUCGGUUGCUGCGUCGUGCCCGGCCUGCCCAACGUGGCACAGUAUGCUGCCCCCCGCGACUCCCCAAUGUUGCUCGCUGAGGAAUGGAACACACCUUCCUCCAAGACCAGGCUGGCCUCAAACCUAUAGACAAGUACAUCCUUCCCAUUCCCCACUCUAAGACUAGAAGAAAAUAGAGAAUAUUUUGCUAAGGAAAUAAAUAUAUUAUGAUGAAA